AUGCUGCAUGCCCAGCAAGCAUCGCAUCCAGCUGCGAAGACUCCGCUGGAGCAUUACUCUACUCUUAUAGAGUCGGGAACACUGCAGCAAGAUGAUCACCAAACACGCAUCAUAGAGAAGCUCCAGGGUCUGCACGAUGAGAUCGUGAAAUACCAUCCACCUGAGAUUUCACCGCUCCCUGCGCAGCGUUCCCUGGUAUCGCGCCUAUUCUCAUCCACCCCUGCACCGGCCCCCUCAAUACCCCUAGACCACAUACCUAAGGGACUCUAUCUGUACGGCGACGUCGGUACAGGAAAGACAAUGCUCAUGGACCUGUUCUACAAGUCUCUACCGCGUUCCAUCAAGCGGAAGCGGCGUGUGCACUUCCACGCGUUCAUGAUCGAUGUGCACAAGCGCGUGCACGCGAUGAAGGCGAAGCUGGGUGCGGGCGGCGGUGACCCGAUCGCGCCGGUCGCGCGCGACCUCGCGAACGAAGCGUACGUUCUGUGCUUUGACGAGUUCCAGGUAACGGAUAUCGCGGACGCGAUGAUUUUGCGUCAGCUAUUUGAGAAGCUGCUGAACUACGGAGUGGUCUGUGUGGUAACCUCCAACCGUCAUCCAGACGACCUGUACAAGAAUGGUAUCCAGCGGUCCAGCUUCUUGCCAUGUAUUGAUCUUCUCAACACGCGCUUUAAUGUUACGACCCUUAACUCCGGGACUGACUACCGUCGGAUACCGCGCACGCUCUCGCAUGUCUACUAUGACCCAUUGACGGCUGAGAACCGUCUCGAAGUUCAGAAGAUUUUCGAGGCAUUUACCUCUGACCCAUCCGAUCCGGUUGUGCCCAACCGUAAGUUGGAGAUAUGGGGGCGCCCGCUGUUCGUGCCCGAGAGCUCGUCGGCGGUGGCGAAGUUCCGGUUCGAGGAGCUUUGUGGGAAGCCACUGAGUGCGGCGGAUUACAUUGAGGUCACGAAGACGUUUGGGACGAUCUUUGUGCUAGAUGUGCCGAAGUUGGGGCUUAACCAGAAGGACAAGGCACGCAGGUUCAUUACCUUCGUAGAUGCAUGCUAUGAGAGCAAGACGAAGCUCUUCAUUACGUCCGAGGUCCCUAUCUUCCAGAUCUUCGCAGACGAUUCGGGCAAGAAGUCCGAAGACAUGUCAGACCACAUGCGUAACAUUAUGGACGACCUCGGCCUGUCGAGUGACACGGUUGUCUCCAGUGCGAUGUUCACAGGCGACGAGGAGUUGUUUGCUUUUGCGCGGUGCUGUUCGCGGCUGGUCGAGAUGGGGAGCAAGCAGUGGGCAGAGACGGUAGGUGACCGUACGCACAAGUAG